AUGGCUGCGCAAGAUUAUCGACGUGCCGGUCUGCCAGCUCCCGUGGUCGACUUCGGCAUUUACAAGGCUACGAUGUUCUGGCGAAACGAGAAGAGCAAUCGUUCGCUGGGCAAGAUGGCUGAGCGAUACACUGUCUGGCUGAAGCUGGAGGAUGACACGAUCGUCGAGGACGUCAUCGAUUGGCGAGCAGCCGGCGCGGGCCGCAACUGUUACUUCUUCCGAGAUCAUCCUCUCGCACUGAAACUCUUCGUAGAUGACACGCAGCAGUGGAAUCAUAACCAGAUAGAACAGGAAGCCUGGUGUGAAUGGCUGCCGCGGCUGCCGCAGCAUCUGACAGUCUUGACUGACAUCAGUGACGACGUAGAGGUUGUCUGUGCCUGCAAACGUGCCUUUCACGCUGGCCUGACGUUCUACGCCAACCUGCACAUGGACAAAAUUUGCCUGGACGAGGUUACCCAGCAGUGGAUCUUUAUUGAUCUGGAGAUAUUCCAAAAGGUGCCUCCUCACUUCACGUUUCGGAUAGCGUUGCAAACAGCCGCGAAGUUCCUACUCCGGCGGACGUCUCUUCGCUUCACCCCGAGAGCCUUCCAGGUGUUCCGGAGCUUGGCGGCAGAGCACAUUCAGGGCGAAUCGACAGACAUGGACAUCGUAUCUCUCCGAGCCAAGCUGGACGAGGCCAACGCCGUAGAUGCCACGCACGGCGUCGCUGGAACUACCGACUCGGAAUGGGAAGGCGUUCCAGCGACUGCCCAGGAGAGGCUGUCCGCGGGCUGCAUCCUUGCUGCGCAGGCUCGGCCGUACGUUUUGCCUUCAUGCGCGCGUAUUGUCCAGAGUGCUUGCAUUAUGUUUCGUUUGGAUGUUUUGUAA